UCAGCUACAUUUUUUUUUUCUUCUCAUAUUUAUUAUAUAUUUUUUUAUCACCAUUUUAUCAUAUAUUGUUAUCACCUUUAUCACCGCUGUUAUCACUUUAUCAUCACUGCCACCAUUUUACCAUACAUUACUGUCAACUUUAUCACCGCUAUUAUCACUUUAUCAUCAUUGUCAUCACUUUAUCAUCAUUAUCAUCACUUUAUCAUAUACUAUCGUUAUUUUAUCACCACUAUUAACACAUUGUAAUCCCUAUCAUCACUUUAUCAUCCCUGCCACCACUUUAUCAUACACUAUUGUCAAUCAUCACUAUCAUCAUAUUGUAAUCUGGAUCAUCACUACCAUCACAUUGUAAUGUUUAUCAUCACAUUGUCAUACACUGUCGUCAUUUUAUCACCACUAUUAUCACAUUGUAUUCCCUAUCAUCAUUUUAUCAUCACUGUCACCACUUCAUCAUACACUAUUGUCAACUUUAUCAUCACUAUCAUCCCAUUGUAAUCCCUUUCAUCACUUUAUCAUCGCUAUCACCACUUUAUAAUACACUAUUAUCACAUUAUCAUCACCGUCAUCACUUUAUAAUCAUUGUCAUUACUUUAUCGUCUGUCACUACUUUGUUAUCACUAUCAUUACUUUAUAAUUACUUUAUCGUGCAUUCUUACCACAUU